UCUUCUCACUCUCCUCCACACUUCCCCAUCACCAAAGCUUCUUCCUUCCUCUGUUCUCUGCAUUCUCUGAGAGCUUUUCCUCUUUCUUGACUCUGGUUUUGCAAAAGGGUAUCUCUCAAAUGGCCAAGGACGUUGAGGUUGCUGAGCGUGGCUCUUUCUCUAGCAAGGACUACCAUGACCCUCCUCCUGCACCUCUCAUUGAUGCAGAGGAGCUCACAAAGUGGUCCUUCUACAGGGCAGUCAUUGCUGAGUUCAUUGCCACUUUGCUUUUCCUUUACAUUACUGUGCUCACUGUGAUUGGCUACAAGGUUCAGAGUGAUGUCAAAAAUGGUGGAGAUGAUUGUGGAGGUGUUGGCAUUCUUGGUAUUGCUUGGGCCUUUGGUGGCAUGAUCUUCAUCCUUGUUUACUGCACCGCUGGGAUCUCAGGGGGUCACAUUAACCCAGCAGUGACAUUUGGGCUGUUCUUGGCUCGUAAGGUGUCUUUGAUCCGAGCCAUCUUGUACAUGGUGGCUCAGUGCUUGGGAGCUAUUUGUGGAGUUGGGUUGGUUAAGGCUUUCCAGAAGUCUCACUACAACAAAUAUGGUGGUGGAGCUAACUCUCUUAAUGAUGGGUACAGCACAGGUACUGGAUUAGGUGCUGAGAUCAUUGGUACCUUUGUUUUGGUAUACACAGUGUUCUCUGCUACUGAUCCCAAAAGAAGUGCCAGAGAUUCCCAUGUGCCGGUUUUGGCUCCACUUCCCAUUGGAUUUGCUGUGUUCAUGGUUCACUUGGCCACCAUCCCAGUCACUGGUACUGGCAUUAACCCUGCUAGGAGUUUUGGAGCUGCUGUUAUCUUCAACCAAUCUAAGCCCUGGGAUGACCAUUGGAUCUUCUGGGUAGGACCAUUCAUUGGGGCAGCCAUUGCAGCAUUCUACCACCAGUUCAUCUUGAGAGCAGGUGCAGUGAAGGCUCUUGGAUCAUUCAGGAGUAACCCCACUGUUUAAGUUAUCUUCAACUUCAUGAUGGAAAGAAGAAGAUAAUUGAAGAGUUUGAAGGAAAAUAAUGUGAAGUGCUUGUGCUUGCUUGUAUUUGCUGCAAGGUUUCUUUAUCUCCCUCUCAAUUAGGUCUUCCAGAUUGUGGAUAAGUGUAGAUUUUAAAGUCCCUUUGGUUGUGACAGGGGAGCCUUUUGCACUUUCCUCUGUAUUCCCUUUAGUGUGUCUUCUUUCCUUUUUAUGUUAUUCUCUUCUGUCAUCUUUGUACUCAUUAUAUAUUUAUGGGAAUAUAUUUUAUAUUUAAGUGAA